ACUCGUACCUCGGCAUGCUGAACCGUUCCAUCACGGCAAAGGUCGGGGAUCCCUUUGUUCUGGUCUGAGGGUAGAGGCGCUGCCAGCUGGCUUGCUUUUUGGUGGGACGGGCAAGCUUCAGCUGUUCCCAUUGGACAAACCGAAAGAGUUGGCUUUUUUUUUGUGAUUGUGUUUGCUCUUCCAAGAACUUUCGAAAAGAGAGGCCAUCGGGGCCACGCAAUACAACAAUGAACCGAAUGACGCAGCCGGAACGGUCCAGACCGUAUCGCGCAAAAUAACAAUGGCGCUCAGGCAAACUGUUGUAUGUCGUGUUCAUGCGGAAUUCUAUCGGCGAGGAUCUAUGAAAGCAGCCUAACAACGAAAUGGUUUUGAGUUAUCAAUCAAUAGGAAUUCUAGUU